UACCUGGUGCAGGAUUGUGGGGCUGACCCCCAUGCGCGCGCCCAUGACGGCAUGACCCCGUUGCACGCCGCUGCCCAGAUGGGCCACAACACUGUCAUCGUGUGGCUGAUGAGCUUCACGACCGUGAGUCUGUCGGAGCGGGACGCUGAGGGGGCCACAGCCAUGCACUUUGCUGCCAGUCGUGGCCAUGCCAAGGUGCUGAGCUGGCUGCUGCUGCACGGCGGGGAGAUCACUACGGACAGCUGGGGUGGCACACCGCUGCACGACGCUGCCGAGAAUGGCGAGCUGGAGUGCUGCCAGAUCCUGGUGGUGAACGGUGCCGACCUCAGCAUCCGUGACCAGGAUGGCUACACGGCGGCCGACCUCGCCGACUACAACGGCCACAGCCACUGCGCCCAGUACCUGCGCACCGUGGAGAACAUGAGCGUGGAGCACCGUGUGCUGUCGCGAGACCCCUCAGCAGAUGGGGAGUGCCGGCAGCCCGACUCGGGCAUGUCAUCGCCAAAUACCACGGCAUCGGUGCCCCAGGCGCGCUUCGAGGUGGGCUCCCCUGCCAGCACCCUCUCCAACUACGACUCCUGCCACUCCAGCCAGUCAAGCACCGGGGAGAAGAGGGGCGGCCCCCCCGGGGCCCCUGCCGCCCGGGUGCCUGAGCCGGCGCUGGCGGACAUGCAGGCGUACAUGGACAUGCUGGAUCCUGAGACGCGGCCGCGGGGCCGGGGCCCAGCAGGCGAGGGCCCCCCACCGCCGCCACCCCCUGCCUUCCCCCCACCACCUCCCCCACCCCCCAGCACCCGACCACCCCCACCACCCCCUGGCUACCCUGCACCCGCGCCCCCCACCGUCCCCCACACUGCUGACAUCUAUGUGCGGGCCAAGAACAACCUGCGUCACGUGGAGAGCCAGGCGCUGCGCCGAGAGCUGGCAUCGCGUGACACCAGUCCCGAGGGUCUGCGCAGGGCUGACUCCAGCAGGCGGUCGAGGAAUUUCGGCAAACAGCCGAGCACCGGUGACUACUACAAGCACCUGGGGCACGUCACGGCUGAGCAGCCCAGCCCCCGUCGAAUGGCGCACAGCGAAGAGGCAUCACCCAUCUCGGCGGACACCAUGCGCAAUGGGGAGAGCAAGCCCAGUGCUGAGCUGCCACCCCCACCGCCACCCCCACCACUGCCCGACACCACCUGCCCAACGCCCCCACCACCACCCCCGCAGGCCGAGACCCCCGCCGGCCCCCGCCGCUCCUCCUCCUCCACGGGAAGAGGAAAGGCGCUCAGGCAGAUGAAGAGCACCAAGUCCUUCAACAUGAUGACCCCCACUGGUGACAACUCAGAGCUGCUGGCCGAGAUCAAGGCUGGGAAGAGCCUCAAGCCAACUCCACAGAGUAAAGGCUUCACCACUGUCUUCUCCGGCAGCGGCCAGGCAGGGGCCAACGCAGAGUCGCCAGUGUCCUCCCCGUCACCCACCAGGACGCCCACCCCACCAGCCACCCCCGAGGCUGCCGGGCCACCACGUUGCCUGGCAGGGGGCUCGCCAGAGCCAGUGCUAAAUGGGAACUCACCGGUGCCUGCAGCAGGUGCUGGGGCAGCGGUGGAGGUGGAGGCGCUGGUGCCGAGCCAGGACGAGCAGGGCCGGCCCAUUCCCGAGUGGAAGCGGCAGGUGAUGGUGCGCAAGCUGCAGCUCCGCAUGCAGGAGGAAGAGGAGCAGCGGCGCAAGCCCGGGAGCCAGUCACCGCCGCUGUGCCAGCGCAGGCCACCUGCCUGCGGGGGCACGCCAGCACCUGCAGGGCAGCUGACAUGGGAGGAGGACAUGCGGCACCUGGAGAGGCAACUGGGGAGCCUGCGGGUGAUGCACGAGGUGCAGCCAAGGCAGCCGCUGCUGAGGCAGCCAGAGGAGGAGCUGCCACCCUUUGUGCCACUGUCCGCCACCCCGGCACCCCGGCAUUUUGCCCUCACCCGUGAGGACGUGCCUGCCCGCAGCAGCCAGUCCCCCACACUGCCGAGGAGCAUGGCUGUGCCACCGGCCACUCGGAGGGACCAGGAAGCCCCCAGGGCAGAGGGGGCAGUGGGCAGCCCCAGUGCCCAGCAUGAUGCUCGGCGUGAGAUCCUGGGCUGCGGCGUCUCUGUCCGCAGCCUCAAGGCCAACUACGAGGGGCCGGGGGGGCCCUCCCCACCCCUCCCCAGGGUCACCAAGCGCAAGUGGGUGCAGCCGCCUGGCAGCACCCGCCAGCCCAUCCUGGAGGAGGAGUAUGGGGAUGGGGCAUUACGGCAGAGCAGAUCAGCGCUGCCAGAGCCGAGCAGCCCACGCGAACACACCAAGGGGUGCAAGGAGCGUGCUGUUUUCCUCUUCCUGGAGCACUGGAAGAAGCGGGCACUAGCGGCAGUGCCUGGGGAGGAGCGGCCACGGCGGGCAGGGAGGCGGCGGCCUGCGGCAGGGCGGUUGCUGGCCCGCUGGAGGAGUGUCGCCCGCCGAGUGCCAGGGCGUCAGAUCCGGCGGCUGAGCCGCACCACGGUGCUGUACUGGCCCCAGCACUUCCUGCCCCAUGUCGGUGGCUCACCCAUGCCCCACGACAGCCUCCCACUCGACCUCUUCAUGCUGGGCUACUUCCAGCUGCUGGAGAUGCCACUCAGCCCUGAGGAGCGGCGCUUCCGUCACCUUCUCUGCUAUGAGAUGUUUGACCGCCUGGGCAGCCACAGCUGGCACCAUGUCCGCCGUUUCCACCGCACCGUGCUGGAGCGGGUCGAGGCUGGCCACCGACACUGGCUUGAUGGCUUUGAGGACCUUGUGCAAGAGUUUUUUGGGGAUAACCCUGUGGCAGUGGCAGAGAGCCUGCCAGAACCCCCUGCCAUGGCCCCAGAAGGGCAGGUGGCAGCAGUGCCGGUGCCAGUGCCAGAGCUGGGCGAGUUCAGCGAGGAGGACGUCUGCCGCUUCAUCGACCGCAGCUUCUCCUUUUGGAAGGAGAAGGAGGCAGAGAUGUCUGACACCUGAGCCCAGCAGGAUGCUGUGGGCUGUACCAGCGGUGUGG